GGGCGGCUGCAAAAAUGACUCAGUAAGUUCGGCGGCCGCUCGGCCUCUGCGCCUCCGGUGCCAGCGCCCCGGGAUGUAUUCCUCCCCGCUCUGCCUGACCCAGGAUGAGUUCCACCCGUUCAUCGAGGCGCUGCUGCCGCAUGUGCGCGCCUUCGCCUACACCUGGUUCAACCUGCAGGCGCGCAAGCGCAAGUACUUCAAGAAGCACGAGAAGCGCAUGUCCAAGGACGAGGAGCGCGCGGUGAAGGAUGAGCUGCUGGGCGAAAAGGCCGAAGUGAAGCAGAAGUGGGCGUCGCGGCUGCUGGCCAAGCUGCGCAAGGACAUCCGGCCCGAGUGCCGUGAAGACUUCGUACUGGCUGUGACUGGCAAGAAGGCGCCGGGCUGUGUGCUGUCCAACCCGGACCAGAAGGGCAAGAUGCGGCGCAUCGACUGCCUGCGCCAGGCCGACAAAGUGUGGCGUCUGGACCUGGUCAUGGUCAUCCUGUUCAAGGGCAUCCCACUAGAGAGCACAGAUGGUGAGCGGCUGGUGAAGGCGGCUGCCUGUGCGCACCCGGUGCUGUGUGUGCAGCCACACCAUAUCGGUGUGGCCGUCAAGGAGCUGGACCUGUACCUGGCCUACUUCGUGCGGGAGCGCGAUGCGGAGCAGAGCAGCAGCCCCCGGACAGGUGUGGGCUCAGACCAGGAGGACAGCAAGCCCAUAACGCUGGACACCACAGACUUCCAGGAGAGCUUUGUCACGUCAGGCGUGUUCAGUGUCACGGAGCUGAUCCAAGUGUCUCGGACACCUGUGGUGACCGGAACCGGACCCAACUUCUCCCUGGGAGAGCUGCAGGGUCACCUGGCAUACGACCUGAACCCGGCCAGCGCCGGCAUGAGAAGGACUCUACCCAGCACCUCCUCCAGUGGGAGCAAGCGGCACAAAUCGGGCUCGAUGGAAGAGGACGUGGACACGAGCCCCGGCGGCGACUACUACACGUCGCCCAACUCGCCCACGAGUAGCAGCCGCAACUGGACGGAAGACAUAGAAGGAGGCAUCUCAUCCCCGGUGAAGAAGACAGAGAUGGACAAAUCUCCGUUCAACAGCCCGUCCCCCCAGGACUCCCCCCGGCUCUCCAGCUUCACACAACACCACAGGCCAGUCAUCGCGGUACACAGUGGCAUCGCGCGGAGCCCUCACCCGACCUCGGCCCUGCACUUCCCUGCCACGCCCAUCCUGCCGCAGACAGCCUCCACCUACUUCCCCCACACGGCCAUCCGGUACCCGCCACAUCUCAACCCCCAGGACCCGCUCAAGGAUCUGGUGUCCCUGGCCUGUGACCCGGCCACCCAGCAACCUGGACCGCCUGCUCUCCGCCCGACACGUCCCCUGCAAACAGUCCCUUUGUGGGAUUAGGACGGAGGGAUCCUCUUGCGGGACAGUCCUGGUACCUGGGGUAGCCGAGGUUGCCUUCCCAUGCCUCCUUCAUCACCAGUGGAGUCCCAGGGUGACAGUCCCAGCCUGCAUUUUUGGUGGAAAAUUAGAUGGAGUGAGAAGCCCCCUGCGGACUCCCAGCUGGAUGGAAAAGACUGGAGGAGAAAAGGACAAAGACAAACAGGAAAAAAAAACAAACCCUUCCCAACCAAGAUGACAACAGAUGGGAGCUGUGGGUCUCUGGCACCUGCUGCUGAUGGACGGCUGCCUGCAGCCCUUCUGCGCCCUGAGGGCCCUGCCAUCACCCACAGACCAGGCAAUCCUGGCCUGGUACCUGCGCCCAGCACCAACAGAUGGGCAGAAUGGACGGGGUGGGCCACCCAGCCAGGCCACCUCUCCCCAGACCCCUGCUGCCAGCCACCAGCGCCAGCCUCGGGGACCUCCGGCCGUCCCCACCGACAGUGUUUGCCAAAGACAGGAGGCUGGAGGUGGACAGACCGCGCGUGGUGGGCAGAAGAGGCUCGUGGGAGCCGCCCAGCGCUGGCCCUGCUGGGGACAGACAUGCCAUACAGGUACUUUGGGACCCCUGGGAGGGUCCUGCAUCCAGCCUCCAUCUCGGUCCUCUGGCCCCUUCUCCUUGCGGACCUCAUUUGGAAGGACACAUCUCUCUAUGCAAUUUGUCCCCUCCCCACCCCCGGCAUGAGAGGCCACGCAGCUCCCGACCCUCCGGCCUCCUCUCGCACAUGGAAGGUAUCAGCACUUUGAGAAACAGAGGUGGGGGAACCGGGGCCCCCCACGCCGAGGUUCCUGGAGGCGGGAGGUGCCGCGAUCUAAGUGCCUAGCCCUUCCACCCACCCGCCGUCCACCUCGUCCAUCGGGGACACAGAGUGGCCAGGGCACCCCACCCUUGUCUCCGUGCACCCUAGCUCCCCAUCACUGCGCGCCCUCCAAGCUAGAGAGAUGGGACCCCAGGGGGGAUUAGAGCUGGGUGUCCCGAAAACCCAGGCUGGGGCUAUGCGCCGUCCCCCUACACUUCUGCCAGUGCCUUACUUCCUGGAGACCCACCCUGGGGUACCCCACUGCAGGGGGAUACCCCCUUUGCACUUUGACCCUCCUGAUGACGUGGGGCCCAGCACAGGGACCAAGAAGGCUGGUGGAAGUGCACUCGGACCCCAGGUGGGAGGGCUCUGGGAGUGAUGGGGUGACAGGGUGGACUGAUGGCUGGGGUCCCCCAUCUGCUAUGCGUACUUCACUGAGCUAUAAACACUAAGAUGGGGUGCAAGGGCCCAGCCCCAGCCCCAGCUCCGCAGUCCCCAUAUGCACCCACCCUGUCGCUAUCUUGGAUGGCCCGCUCUGGGAGGAGAUGUUGGGUAUUUUAAGGUUACUGAACCUACAAAGGCCCCUCCUCCCUGACCACCCAUCUUGGCCCGUCAUACCUAGCACUGUCAUGUCCCCUCCCCGCGGAGGCCGCAGGCCAUCACCCCAGCAGAGCCCCCAGGGCCAGGCCCCACCCACCUGCCACCUGUCCUCCCUGGGACACUUGUAAGUACAAAGCUCCCCAGCCUUUGAGGCCUCAACCCCCCACCAUCUGUCUGUCCUCAGGGACCCUCCAGUAGGAGGACCAUUGGGGACAUCACAGAAGCCACUGUCCAGAUGGGGCUCAGGCCAGUGGGUGUGGGAUGGGCCAUCUGCAGGGUAGACCUGGCAAGUCCCCUCUGAUACCCCCAAGCCAGCCAGCUGGGUCCCCCAGGGGUCAGGACAGAACCAACUAUUUACCUAACUGCAUGGUGCUUAAGGCCCCGCGACACCCAAGAGCCCCCUCCCCUGCCGGGCUGCUGUGUGCAUGACAGGUCCACCUACCUGCCCACUUCCCUCACCGCCUCUAUUAAAAAAGGAAAGAAAAAAAAGGAUACACAAAAUAUAUAUAUAUAAGUAUAUAUAUAUCCUUACCAAAAAAAUCCAUUAUUUCCAAAUUUGCACGAACUUUUUACCACGACAUGUGCCUUGCUCUCCCGAGGACAAGUAUUAACUUUUAAAUAAUAUCCGCGCACACAGACGCAUGCCCUGCACGCAUAGUUACAAACAGACAAAUGAUUACAUGAAAUAAAAAAUAAAAUCCAAAAGGGUGGUAUUUCUAUUUGUAAAGGAAAGAAAAAUCAAAUGAAAGCGAGAUUUUUUUUUUUAAAUAUAAGAAAGAAGGCUGGGCGUGGUGGCGCACGCCUGUGAUCCUAGCCCUUGGGAGGCUGAGGCAGGAGGAUUGCUCUGAGUUCCAGGUCAAGUCUGGGCUACAGAGUGAGACGCUGCCUCAAGAAAAGGGGAGGGGGACCAAAUCAUAGAAACAAACAAGAAAAACAACACUAUUAAGGAAGUCACAAUUGGCCAUGGUUUGUGAUCCCCGCCCGCCCACAGCCCUGGCCCCACCUCACCCCAUGAUGGGGGACUGGAGUCGCCUUGGUGCUCAUUCCCUGAGCCCCCCAAUCCUCUGUCUUCCAGCCAACCCACAAAGCUGAAUAUAUGCAAUAUCCGUCCGUCUGUCUGGGUCGAGCUCAGCUGUGGGGAGUCCCAGUGGUGGAGGGUACACAGUGGGCCUGUCCCAAGUCCGUGAUUUCGAUUUUUCUUUUAUGGUUUCAUUGUAGUUGCCUUUGGGUUUUUGUCUUUGUUUUUCUGUCUUUUGUUAAAUCUGCUCUUAAAGUUCACCAAAGCUAAGACAGUUGCCAGGGUUACCGGGGCAGACAGGAGCCCAGGCUCCACGCCACGCCCUUGCCUCUUUCUGCCCCCAGCCCCACCCCCCACCAGUCUGCCUGUUGCCCCACUCAGCCCUGAAUGUUGGGCACUGGCAGAGAGGCAAUGGCAGGCUCACCUUGAUGGAGGGACUGGGGUGGGUGGGACUACCGCCCCACCCACCUUGUCUGCACUCCUGUCACUUGUAGGCCUGGCUGACUUACAGAUUUUUCCUUCCCCAGCUUGUGUCCACCCCCGCGCCAGGAGAGGUAGCACCAUCUCCUGGGACCAUCAAAGUGGGCGGGAGUGGGUACAGUGGACAGAGCAUACCUGGUGGCAGGUUGGGAGGGGCCACUCAGCGUCCCCCCCCAUUUCUCAGAAAAUCUCCAGUUCCCACCCAGGGACCCCACACUGGCCCAGUCCUCAGGUGGAUGACUGAAGCACGGCAGGAGAUUUCUGUUUUUGUUUUCCUGUGUAUAAAAUAUUUUUCAAACCACCCUCUCCUCAGACCACCUUACCCAUCAUGCCCUGGUGAAGCCCCCAAGGCCUGUUGCUUUGGGGUGUGGCCUGUGACUGUGUUUCCCAGGCAGGGACCAGAAGAGGUCUGAGGUCCUCCUGAGCCCUGAAAUCUUGAUAAUCAGGAAUACCCGGGGUGGUGGGACUGACAUCAGGGGAGUGGCAUCUGCCCACCCCCCGCCCUGUCCCUCCGGGGGUGAACUGGCCAGGCUGCACUACAAUGUCCACAGGCAAGAGGCCACCAGGCCACCAGCAAAUGUCCCGCCCUUGGGGACAGUGCACCCGCUCGCCCUUGGUUGUGUUGGGCAGCAUUUGUACAUACAUGCGCGCAUUUAGUUUGCAAUUAAUCCCUGCUGCACUGCCCACAGUGGCUUCCUCCCUUCAUUCAGUUUGUCCCUGAGACCCCUGAGUGGCCUUUGCUCCUCCGGGGUACUGGGUUGAAGAUCCAGCCACUUAAUUUCCCCACUGAUUGUUUUGAUAUCUGAGAGACAGGAAGGUCUCCCCAGGCUGGCCUCCAACUCGUGGCAAUCCUCCUGCCUCUGUUUCUCAGUUGCUCUGACAACAGGUGUGUACCACCACUCCUGACUUCCCUGCCCAAACAUCAUAUCCUACUUGUUAAUAGCCGUCUUCUCCCUCUGUCAUCUACCCAGAGCACUCAGCUUGGGACUGUCGCCCAGUGCAGGGCCCAGGUAAGAGGAGACUGCCAGCGAGUCCCUAGAUCUUGUAGCCAUGAUACCAAACAGUCAUUUCCCAAUCAGUGCCUCACACAUCUGAUGGUGCAGUUUUGGGGUCUGUCCCCACUCCCCUCAGUCCCUACCCCUGCUCCCCUCAGACGUGGGACAGGAAACAGCAGGUGCGCUGGGCAGGAGGAAGGCAUGCACUUCCUCCCCAGCCACCACCCCUCCCACAGCACCCAGCCUCACUACCCCAGCAUGGGGUACCAAGCUGGAUACUCCUAAAAUGUCACACCCCAUCCAACCUCAGAUCUGAUGCAGUCAUCUGUGUCCCCUAACCAAAGCCCAUUUGGGUCUGAGGGUUCCAGAGUAAACGCCUGCCCUGCAGCGCCUGGCAACUGGCAAGCAUCGGGUCUGAGGGACUACACAGGGCUCAGCACAAGGCGCUCAUGGGUUUCAGGGAGUGGGAGGGACUGUUUUUCUCCAUUGCUCUUCCCCCUGGCUUCCCCUUGUUUUCUGGGUGUUUUCCUGCAGAGAUCUUUUGGGUUUAUUUUGAGAUUCCCUUCCCCCCCCCCCCCAUUCAGCCACUUUGUAUUUUACUCCUGGGUCGAUGCACCUCCGACCUUCAGCUUUUCCUAACUGCACUUACGUGGUCUGCAGCAACCUCUGCCCCCUCCUCCCAGAGCAGAUGGGGUCUGGAUGGGGAGCAGAGGGCACCCCAGACCCUUCUUGCUCCACAGCCCCCCCCCCCGCCCGCAGCAUACUCCACUCAUAACCAUAUAUUACAAAUUCAUUUUGGUUUCUGGCUUUUUGUUUUGUUUUGUGGACCCGCCUGAGCACCAUUGACUGCCUGCUGUUCCGUUUCUCCCUAUGCAAACAAACAAAAACAGUGAGGGGGUCCAUAAAAGAUUCAAUAAAAGGCAAAAAAAAAAAAAAAAAGAAAAAAGAAAAAAAUGUAUAAAAAUUAAAUAAGCUUAAGCUUC